CACAAACAUUAGGGUCACCUGGGGUGACUCCGGCACAAAAAACCACUGGGAGGACCUCGUUCCCCCCCAGUCACCACCCCGAAAAGGGGAUUCCUGCGGGGUAGGUUCGUAAGACUUUUCGUCCACGGGAAAGACUUCGACAUCCGUCCGAUUUGCAUGAUCAAGAGGCCUACCGCUUUCAGGUUUCGAAACGCGUGCAGUGUUAAUCCAGAACAUCCGACAGAAUGGCCAGCAAAACAAAGGCUCGAGCAUUGUCGGCUUCUGAGCCCGCGAAGCGCAACGAGAAUACGGAGAUUAGGAAAUUGCGCAAUCGCAUCUCUCAAAAGGCAUUUCGUGCUCGACAACAAAUGCGAAUGAAAGAACUUGAGGAUCGGCUGCACAAUGGAAGUUAUUCAGACGCCGAGUGGAUGACACACUUGCAAGACCAGAAUUCUUCUUUGCGCGAGCAGCUGCUCGAAUGCCAUAAGAAGUUUACCAGCUUACAAGUGUCGAUGAAGGCUCUUGCCAAUGCGAGCGCACUUGCUCUAGGUAUAGACAGCCUGGAUGGCGUCAACGAUGUACGUCUCUCCGAUCACAAGGUUCUCCAGUCGGCUAACUUUGCCUCCAAGUCUGAGUCUUCUGGCAAUUUGUGUGCGAGGUGCAAGCGUGCUGAAGUGGCACAAGAUGAAGAUCCCCUCGAUAUCACGCCUCCGUUGCCUUCGAAUAAAACAGAUGUUCACACCGAACGACCCAAGUUGAGCGACAGCGCGGUCGAUGAACCACUUAGCGCCAACAGUGAUAAUAACAACCAAGCCGACCAUGCUCAAUACCUCGUUGAUGAUCAAGAGCUCCAAGUUCCGCAAGAUUCAGCUGCUGUGACUUUAAGCGGUAGUCAGAUGGACUUCGUGAAUCCAUCAGACAAUCACCCAGUCCCAGAGAUUAACCUAGAUUACCUAUCGACCAUGGAGGAUUCUGAUAAGUUUGACAUGUCGAACGAUAACCGCCUGCUCGUCGUAAGCAACGGAUACUGCGCUGACCCCCUUUCGAUGGAUCUUAUCUUCUCCGAAGAUCUGGGGCCACAAAAAUACAAAAACGUUCUCGAAAUGUCGCCCUCUCUCGUAUGUAAAUCUUUCGACCUGAAAAAGACAAAUUCGCCAUUUUCGGACCACAUCGAUGCAUUGGAACGCUGUGUGCUCUGGAGCUAUUCUCGCUGGAGCGCAUCACAGAUGCUCGACGAUCGACUGACAAAUCCAAUCGGAUCGAUCUUGAUGACUUUUGUGAGCAUGUCAUGGCAACCGAUGACGGCAUGGCACACAUACACCAAAGCGCACAUUCCUUUAAGAGAGUUGAUGGCAUGGCGGAUCUGCAGGACGCCGGACCGAUAUUUGAAGGUCUCACCAGCUUAUCAACCAACAAGACUGCAGAUGAGUGUGCCAUAUCCCAGCAUCAUCGACUGGAUACCGUUUCCGCAAUUGCGAGACAAGCUCAUAAUGCAUCAUGCCGCAAACCCUUGCCUUGACAGCAUCAUAUGCGACAUUGGGAACUCUUACGUCGUUCCUGCAGACCUCUCUCUACUGAUAAAAUGUCCUCAAGCUCUCCUAGGCUACGUUGGCGCUUGGGAUCUGGUACGAGCGAUCGCCCCUGAAGCCACAGGAUCACCGGAGCCCUCGCCAACGUCUGAAGACAGGCAGUGGCAUGAUGACGACAAUACGAAUGCCUUCGGCGACUUAACGCUCCCUGCUAAAGAUGCCAACACUUUGUUCUCUUCACGAGAGCUAGCGGCACAAGCCUUCAAAGUGCUGGGUGUCGAUAAUGGAGCGUUUAACUUCAGGCUGGAUCCUGCCUUUUUCGGAAGACAUCCUGAAUUGUACGACAACAACUCUGAUCUGAUGGCGCUGGGAGUAGCGUUGCGACCAGGACUUGGUAAUCAGAUUCCCAUCAUUGGUCCCGAGGAUGUGAAGGUGUCUGUCGUCGCACAAUACCAGGAAAUGUCCAGAUACUUGAUAGACUCGGCCUUGGAAUCUCGUCAUAGUUCCACGACGUUUUGAAGAGUUAUCAGGACUCACUCAAGGUUGUUGCAGAUGAUGUGUAUGUUCGCCAGUAUUGGUUGACAUGGCGCUGGGCGUGUGUUGAAGCUUUCAGAAAUGGGCAGCAGGAACCUUGCCAUGGGACUUCCUAAAAUGUAAUUCUACCAUAGCGAUAUGUUGAAAAUUCUAAAGGAGGAGGGCACUUGAAGGCUUUAUUGAGCGCUGUCGUUGUGAUUUUACUGACUGAUGCUCAUAGGCCGACGUUUUUCUCCACGGCCUCCCCAACCACAGGCCUG